AUGAAGUCUUCAAUUUUAGGAGCAGUAUUUUUUGCUGUAUUCCUAUUACAAACAGCAUUGUCUGAAAACCGUACCAACAUUGAUGUUAAAGGCUAUUAUAUGUUGAAUAUAACUUCUAUGGGGCAAAAUUACGAUUGUGAUUUUUAUGCUAAUAUGACAGUUCAUGAACAUUCAACGUUUAUAUUUAACAGUUAUAAUUUUCAUCUGUAUGGUGGAAGUACCUUUAUAAAUAAAGGUAUUUUUUACUCUCAAGCUUUAGGUGCAUAUCCCUAUUAUGAUAAAAAUGUACAGGGCGGUCUGAGUUUUAAACUUAAUGAAGGACAAACUACAGGGGGAAUCCACAAUACUGGUUUUUUUAUGUAUAAUGACAACCUUACACUCUGUAGUCCACCUACUUAUACCAUACAUGGUAAUUUCUUUAUUAAUGAAGGUACUUUUAUUUUGGCAGGUGGUGGUGCAUGCGAUGGGUCUACAAAUAUCAUUAAACCAUACGGAACUAAUGCAAUUUUUCAAAAUACAGGUGUCCUUGCAUAUAUGCAAUAUUUUAUGACUGUCGGUGAUGCACCAAGUACAUAUUGGGGUUCUGAUUCAGCUUGUACUACUUCCGGGGUGGCUACUGUUAUCAACAAUGGAUCUCUUUGUUUGUUUAAUAACAACCCUGUAUACCAAGGUUCCCAAUAUGCUGGAAAUGGUUGUAUUGAUAUCGGUAAUCAAAGUACUUUUUUUUUGAGGUGUCCUCAGUUGUUUGGCCUUGAUGGCAGUUUACAUACAUUUUACCUUAGCACAAAUACUUCAGUGUUGUAUUUUGAUAAUGUUGGAGUAUCCAAUGCCCCUGCAACUCCAUACAUCGUAAGUGGUUGGGGGAAUAAUAAUCAGAUUACUAUUCACAUUUCAAAUCCGGUUUGGAAUUACGAUGGUAAAACUUUAAGUAUUACAGCUUCAUCUGUUACAUAUCAGUUUAUCAUUGGUCCUGGAUAUGACCCGUCUUUGAUAAGUUGGAGUGAAGGUCCAUCCUGUAAUAAUUUAAGGAAUUCAGGUUCUCGUUUCGUAUACAAUGCCCCACCUCCAGAUGGCUCAAGACCAAGCGUAUGUUUGCCAUGUCCGACCGUCAUACCUAAAUUAUAUGAUAUAUUACAAGACCAACCUGAUUAUACGACAACUUUCACUACUACAAAAUCAGAUGGUUCAGUAGAAACUGACUCUGGAGUAGUCCACGUAACAAAUACCGACGGAACUAUCACUACAACUACUUCCUUAUUCCCAAAUGAAUAUACUACUACAUUCACCACCACGGAAUCUGAUGGGUUUGUUGCUACUGAUUCCGGGAUAGUAUUUGCAACUACUGAUAAAGACGGUAAUCAAAUCACCACAACAUCAUUAUUUCCAACUUCAAGUGAUCCAUUCACCCGCUACACCACUACUUUCACGACCACCGAUACUGACGGAUUUGUGGCAACUGAUUCUGGUAUAGUUGUUGUUACUUACAAUACCGAUGGUAAAGUAACGACAAGUACUUCGUUAUUCCCAACUAAAACUAACCCAUUUACUUCUUAUACGACUACAUUCACCACUACUGCAACUGAUGGCUUUGUUGCUACUGAUUCCGGUAUAGUUGUUGUUACCUACAAUCCCGAUGGUGACGUGACUACAAAGACAUCGCUAUUCCCAACUCCAACUGAUCCGUUCACGCACUACACCACUACUUUCACAACCACCGAUACUGACGGAUUUGUUGCUACUGAUUCUGGUAUAGUUGUUGUUACUUACAAUCCAGAUGGCGAAGUAACGACAAGUACUUCGUUAUUCCCAACCAAAACUAACCCAUUUACUUCCUAUACGACUACAUUCACCACCACUGAAGCUGAUGGUUUUGUUGCUACUGAUUCCGGUAUAGUUGUUGUUACUUACAAUCCCGACGGCGAAAUUACCACAAAGACGUCGCUAUUCCCAACUCCAACUGAUCCAUUUACUGUAUACACUACUACAUUUACUACCACUUUAACUGACGGGUUUAAAGCCACCGAUUCAGCUAAAGUCGUUGUUACCUACGAUAAGGAUGGUAAGGUAAUCACCUCGUCUUCGUUUUUCCCAACAGUAAGUGACCCAUUUACUGUGUAUACUAUUACAUGGACUACCACAUAUACGACGUUGUAGUAAAUUGGGACUUGAAGUAAUAUGAGAAUAAAAUAAGAAUGGAAAGAAAUAUUAAUGUUAAAUUACUAAUAAUUUAAGAAGUUUGGUAUGGUUAGGUUAAAAGAACUUCGAUCAACUGAAAGUGUCAGUGACUUUUAGAGCUAAACUACAGCUAAAUGAGAGUAUAUCCAACUUAGAGUAAAGUUACAGUAUGCUGAAUUAAGUCUUAUAGUUAUAAGUAUGAAUGAUAUUGUAAUUCUCCAUUAGUAUACGUAAAGAUAAAACGAUGGCUCCAGUAAUAUUUGUGUGCACUGUAAAUACUUGGCCACCUUUAUGAUAUGGGCAAAGUAGGCGUCAAAUAGAAAUUUUUUUGCCGCGCAUUUUGAAAUAGGCGUAGAACCUAUAAAAUUGGCGACAUAAAACAGGCG